AUGCUGUUCCAGUGGGCAUUUGCUUGCUUGGCAGUGGCUGCUGCGGUUGGCCAUGGUGAUGGAGAGGACUGCAGUAGCAGCUUCAUACAGAAGCGCGGCCAUCAGUUUGGCAUUCGUUCGUCAGAUUGUCAGUGCCCCGGCUGCCCAGCAUCCGGAGCGACCAAGGCUCCAAAUGUUCUUGAGGCCAUGGCCAAUACGGGCACCGACAAGGGCCCCUCCCGACACCAGUAUCAGCGCUACUACGACAAGUGGCUUGCCCCUUUUCAGUUCAAGCAGGGCUUGAAGCUUGUGGAGAUCGGUGCUGAGCGUGGGGGCUCGUUGCACAUGUGGAGCAGCAUGUAG